UGAAGUCAAUAGUGCAUCGGAAAAAUUAGAAGAAGAGCAAAAAACGAACAAAGGCACUUUAUAACAUCACUAACAUUGAAAUCGAUUUCUAUAUCGUCUAACUUACACCUAGUGCGUGUUCUGAGAUUCGUUAUAAAAUUGCAUUUCGUUGCAACGCGUUGAUACAAUUGGGGAACUGUAAACUGUGCAGGCUAUUCAGUUGGCAAUUAAUAUGAUUACGAAAUUGUGCCGGAUUUGUUUCUCUUGUGUGUUGCUGUUGUUACAUUUAACUGCGUCGGUGAAUGGUUAUAAAAUUUUAGGCGUUUUUCCUUGUCCGUCACGAUCUCACUAUGCUAUUGGACAUGCACUGAUGAAUGGUCUAGCCGACGAUGGACACGAAGUAACAUUCGUCAGUCCGUUUCCGCUGAACAAACCGAUAAAAAAUUGCACUGAAAUUCUACUCGAACAUUCAUGGGCUGGCUACAAACGAGAUUUCAUGAAAGGAAAUUUAUUGGAGGUCAACAAUGUCCACUUCUGGGAUUCAUUUUUGAACGUUCUUGAUUAUGGCACAAAACUAACUGGAUGGGCAACGACUAGUGAAAAUCUUAAGGAAUUGAUUCGUAGCGAUAAAACGUUUGAUGUAAUUAUCAUAGAAUUGAUUUAUGGCGAAGCACUUCUCGGACUGGGACACCACUUCAAUGCACCAGUUAUAGCAACGUCCUCAUUCGGUGCAUAUAAGUGGACAACGGAUGUUGUAGCUUCGCCCGUAUUCUCGUCAUUCAUGCCGAACACAAACAACGGUUACACCGAUCGCAUGAAUUUCUGGCAACGAAUGUACAAUUCGGCUAGCUAUUGGUUUGAUGACAUUGUGAUGCCACUGUUGUCAACGUCGGUACAACAACGGUAUCUUCACGACCUGUUUCCGAAUGCAAAGAACAUGCCAACAAUUGCAGAGCUGAAACGAAACGUAUCACUCGUACUUUUAAAUACACACUGGACAGUUGGAACGGCAAGACCGUAUCGACCGUAUCCACCGAAUAUGAUCGAAGUCGGUGGCAUGCACAUCGAUCGGGAAAUUCAGCCAUUGCCACCGAAUAUCCAGAGAUUUCUGGAUGAUGCUGGACGACAUGGUGCAAUUUAUUUGGCACUCGGCUCGUGCAUAGAGUUCUCAAAACUUUCUAAUGAUAAGAAGGACGCAAUAAUCAAUGCCCUUGCCGAGUAUCCGCAAAUGCGAAUUAUUAUCAAAAGUGAAGAGAUGAUUACGAUUCCGUCACAUAAACCAACGGAUAUUCUAAUUGGACCGUGGUUCUUGCAACAAUCAAUUUUAGCUCAUUCUUCAGUAAAACUGUUCAUCACACACGGUGGCAUGCUUAGUACAUUAGAAGCGGUACAUUAUGCUAAGCCUGUUAUCGGUAUACCAAUUGUUUUCGAUGAAUAUCUAAAUUCGGCUGUAGCUCAACAGAACCGAUAUGGCAUUAGUAUAACAUUUGAGCAAUUAACAGAACACAGACUGCGAACGGCCCUAAGAGACAUUAUUUCGAAUGCAAGCUACACCGAAAACGCAAGAAUUAUAUCCGAUCGAUACAGAGACCAAUUGAGACCACCGUUAGAAACGGCCAUCCACUGGGUGAAACACAUUGCGAAAAACAAAGGAGCACCACAAAUGCGAAUGGUUGCAGUCGAUUUACCGUUUACUGUCUUAUACAAUUUGGACGUUUGGGCUUUCAUCCUAUGUGUCAUUGGUAUGGGAUCAUAUCUUAUUCAGUGUGUAAUGCGAUCGAGUUUUCGGUAUCUAUCUACUGAUCGAUCAUCAGGCGAAGCAAAAUUAAAGCGAAAUUGAUGAGAAAAUGUUUCUAGUGGUCCAUUAUCCCCAAAAAACCGCUUUACAGACUAUAGUCCGAUGACAAAAACUAAAAGCUGAAAAUUUUCGGAUAGAGCGCGGUAAAUUAGACAUAAAAGCUUUGAGUGACUUCUACUCUAUACGGUCCACGUAUCAUAAUAAGAUGAAAGAAGUUUAGAAAAGAUAACUUAACCUCCCGAUGUUUGAUUUUCAGAUAAAAUUAGAAAGCUUUUUUUAGUGAUGGUGAGCUUAGACUAAUCAUACACAGCAACUGCUACUUCGUACGUCUGGUCCCGACACAGUUUGAAUAGAUGCACAUUUCGUACAAUUUUCACUAACACAUGUUGGCGUUGAAAAUUUGGAUCAUUCUAGCAGGCACAUUAAGUUUUUGGGGCUUUCCCACCAAUUUAAUGGGGGAAAACUCACACUAUCAAAUUUUACGUAUUUCAUGUAGGGACCACAAGUUUUACGCACUGUUCCAACGCACUUCAAGCAUGAGUGGUACCCUAAAUAGGGUACUGAAACUUGACAGUAUGUCACACAACUUUAUAACACUGUAAAAAUCAUUUCAUACAAAAUAGUACUCUAUUUGGCGGCUGUCGACUAUGAUCACCUGUGCUUGAAGUGCGUUGACUGUUUCUAAUUUCUUUUCUAGGUGUGAUGCUGAGAAUGGUCUGAUGUACCUAAUAAUCUAAAAUUUUCAGUUUUUUUUAUUUUUUGCCACCUGAAGUAGUUCUGGCUCAUUUUUCAGGGUUUUUUUUGUGUCUAUUGCCUGGACCACUUAAAUUAUUAGUGAAUCGGUCUCAUUCGAAUGAACAAUAAAAUUUCAGUCACU